AACUGAACCCUGCAGUCAAGAUGGCGGCGCCCGUCAGGACGAUGUGCUGCUCAGUGUUGAGACUCUCCAGCAGACAGUUCAGCACAACGCGUGCAGUACAAAUUGGAGGGGAAUGGAGAAAAGAACAUGGACUCGCCAGAAACGGGUCAGAAUAUGGACCUAUGACAGAUCUUCCUGAUUGGUCUUUUGCAGAUGGACGCCCAGCUCCUCCAAUGAAGGGUCAUCUGAGAAGGAGGCAGGAGAGAGAAGUUUUAGCUAGGCGUAUUGUGAUGCUGAACUCUGAGAUGGACAAAGGGAUGGAGGCGUGGAAGGAGAGGCAGGAAGAGGCCAAACGGACGGAGGAGUACAAACGGUCGCUUUUACUCAAACCCAAAGGGAAACUAUUAAUAAAGCAGAAAUCCAAGAGUUAGGAACACACAUCCACGUUCUAUUUCCUGUUUCCGUACCAGCUACUUCCUGGUUAAUGUCUUGGGAGGGCACACCAUCACGGGACACAGAUUAUCACUUAAAUCACAUUGUGAUAUCCUUAAUAAUGUAUUUAUCCAAUGUUUUGGCUUUUCUCUGACUUUAUUUAUCAGAGGUUCAUAAAAUAAAUGUUUGAUUCAUAUUGUUUUAGAG